GUUCUGACGGCAUUUUUUGGGGACUUUGAAAGACGUGUGUCCAAAACCAAGAACUGCGUUAAGCUUUGAUUUAACUUGAGAGGAGAAACAGCAAAUGUGAAAACAAGGAUGUCUAACAUAUCUAUGUCACAUGAAUGACGGAACACAAGCACUGAACUGUAUGGAAUUAUUGAGUCUGACAAGGAAACUUUGACUCAGCCGUUGUUUCCAUUAAGUUUAGUUUUUAUUGUUUUUCUUUGAAGCUUUUUUACUUAAAAUGGCCAGAUGAAUGAACAAGCUUCACACAGCCCUGCUCGUUCUGGACUGUGACCACAGGUCUGAAUCAUCAUCAUCAUCAUCAUCAUCAUCAUCAUCAUCAUCAUCAUCAUCAUCCCUCCCUCCCUCCUCAGUGUCAGCUUGGGGCUUCUGCCCCAAAGGAGCGCACAUCUUUCCUGUCCCUGCUCGUCUGUAAGGACAUGAUCCCUUACAGACGAGAAUCAGAAUCAGCGUGCAGCAGUCUGGACCCGACCAUGACCGGGAUGUUUGGAAAGGUAAAGCCAUGUGCUGAGUGCAACCUGGUUCUGCUUGGAGCAAUGGGCUGUGGAAAAUCAGCUCUCACUGUCAAGUUUCUCACAAAGCGCUUCAUCAGUGAAUAUGAUCCUUAUCUUGAGGAUAUCUAUUCAUCAGAUGAGCUUGUGGACCAUCAGCCUGUUACAGUUCAAGUGAUGGACACCUGCGACCAGGAGGGUCCAGUGAAUUGUGAGCGCUAUCUGUCAUGGGCCAAUGCCUUCCUGGUCGUCUACAGCAUCAACAACAUGGAGAGUUUUAAAGGCUGCCAGCUGUACCUGCAGACUCUCUCCAUCCAUAAAAACACCUUCAGCUCCAGGACUCCCAUCAUCCUGGUGGGCAACAAGCUGGACAUGGACAGAUACAGGCAGGUGAGUCAGAGUGAUGGUGAGGCUGUGGCAACUCGCUUUGACUGCUCCUUCUUCGAGGUGUCCGCCUGUUGGGACUUCCUGUCUGUGCAGCACAUCUUCCACGAGGCAGUCCGGAGGGCCAAGCGAGGUGGCGAGCACAGCAACUUGCUCAAUGCUGCCUACGUCAGCGAGGACAAAGGUUUGCUGGGUGUCCACUCCUUCUCCACUCUAUGCUACAAGGAGCUGCCAGCGCCUGCCACCGCCAAGCUGGUCACAGUGAAGACAUCCAGAGCUCAGAGCAAACGGAGGGCCGCCACACUCACCCUGCUCAAGGGCUUUAAGAUCUUCUGACACGUCUGUCAUCCAACUGUAACUUUAGAAUUCUUUAAGACUGACGGCUCGAUGCAACACAGCAGAGAACAGAGUAGAAAGAAGAGCUGGUAUACUAAUAGAGUAUAUUUUUCCUUUGUAAGGAAAUAAAAAAUUCUGAUUCAUAAAAGCCUUUAAA